GCAAGCAUGUGAGGACACUGAGGAGGAAGACGCAUGCAAAAGUUCUGUCAGUCAGUCAGUCAGCGUAUACACACAAAACACCAUUUCGGCUCCCCCCCCCCCACAUAUAAACACUCAACCACAAGCAGAGAGAGCCAGAAAAAGGGUAGAAAGCCAAACAAACACGCCUCAGAGUCUGACCAGCCCAGCUGCACUGUCUGUGUAAUUCACCCACACCCACCCCUCACACCACUCGCACACUUGGGGCGUCUGUCUGUCUGUCUCGCGAAAAGUUCCCCAGGCCACCCCGACGCCACACCUCUGCUGCGAUCGAUCGAUCUCCGCCCUGCCCUGCCCCGCCCCCUGCAAUCUGGCGUGAGCAGCUCUACCUUUCUAGACCUCCCACACAGACAGACAGACAGACAGACGGCCACCCGCCCGUGCCCGAAACUUCGCCAGCUAGCCACCCCAUACAUCGCCGUGGGAGAUGCUUUGCUUGCCUUGCAUGGUCACCAGUCUUCCAGACACUGCCACAGGCGAUUGUUGACCAGGCAUGGCACGUGCUGCUUUCCUGAUCGAUCAAAUCACACACACAAGCGAGAAGCACUGAAAUGAGCGGUUUGGUGAAUGGAUCGAGGCUGGCUGGCUGGGCUGACCGACCUGCCUCCCAGAGUAUCUCGCCGCUGCAGCCGUACUGGGCGCUGUUGCAGACACAGGCGGUCCGCCGCAGGAACAGCGGGCACGACCCGGGGCAGCAGAAGACAGCUGCACGCAGGCAGGGGUGCGUGUGUGUGUGUGUGUGUGUGUCGUUGGGUGGUGUCGCUUUAGUUACCUACCUAGGUUGUAGAGCAGGCUUCGCGAAAAGGGGCUGCCAUUGGACAUCGAUGUGUUCUGCACCGGCCAAGGAAAAUCAGUGGUUCGGCUGGGGUGGGCUGUGCGUCUUGUGUCAAACUCUCUGGUUGGUACCCACUUACUUUGAGGUAUGUAAUUUUGUUCCAGGCAACGUUCUCCCACGUCGUCAUAUUAGUCUGCAAGAAAGACACGCGCGGCACGGCACGGCCCGGCCACACACAGACGGCCAUUCAGAGAUGCAAUCAAUCCAGGCGUUUCUCCCCCCUCGCCCGUCCCGUGCUGCGUGCUCACCACAGCAAGGAACCCAUGAUAGCACAAUAGGCAGAGAACCUGACCUCAGUCAGACACACAGCUUACUGUCCACCCCACCCAUGGCGGCCUGUCUGUCUGUCUGUCUGUGUGUGUGAUCACCAUAAGCCCGAACAGCCCCAUCACGACCAAGGCCAGCAAUAACCACACAUUGGCCGAGAACCUGAGAUGCAGACAGACCGACAGACAGACACGCCCAUAUGCACUGCCCUAGGGAGGGAGGGGAAUUCUGUGGGUGUGGGUGUCUCACCAAUCGCUGACGUCAGAUCGUUGCAUCAUCGCACGCACCGUCUGCAGCCAGCCAGAAAGCCCCCCAGCCAUCCCUCCCUGUCUGUCUGUCUGUCUGUGUCACGGUGUAGUUGUUGCGUGUCCUGUCCCCAACGUACCUCUGCCAUGACCCAGAGCAGCUCGACGGACUGGAAGAACAGGUACCAAAAAAACCACACCCGAUUGCACUCGCCCACACACGUGCCUGCAUCAUGACAUCCAACACACACACACGCAUUGCUUGGGUGUGUGUGAGUGUGAGCCUGUGUCUGUCUGUCUAUCUGUCUGUCUGUCGCCCACCGAGCCACGGGCAGUGGUGAUCGUGUGUGCGGACGCACUUGCCACAAUCACGACAAUGCUUCGUCCUCAACGGCUGGUGGGGAUAGAAUGACCCCACCACACACACACACACACACACACGUGUCUGUCCACACUAGUGAGUACGAUUGUUCACGGUAGGUAUGAUCGAUGUCCACCUGGUAGACUUUACAGGUAGGGCAGAACCUCAGCUUGAAUCCACACUGGUAGGCCGCAUCGGUCCUGCCCUCGCCCGUCCCACCGCCACCAGCCUUGCCCUCACCCCUUCCCCGACCAUUGAUAGGCUGCCUCUCGGCGGGGUCGCAGCACUCCCCCAUCUCCACGUCAUCGUUAUCCUGACACCCCCGGCCCAUCCCCACCCCCCGGCCGCUGCCCAUGGAGGCUGCUGCCGCCGCAGACUCCCUCUCCCUCUCCCUGGCCCGCCCCCUGCUGCUCAUUGAUGGCGAGAUGAUGUGUGGGUGGGGGAGGGGUGGGGCGGGGUGGUGGUGGUGGCUAUGAUGGCCGUUCAUCUCGUGACAGGCCUGCUGGCCGGCGUGGACCACUGCCGACGCCGCACUGACCGCUGCGGUGGUCAUGGCCGUGGCCGUGACGGUGGCCGUGCCCGUGAGAGCGUUGCGGCAGACAAUCGCGCCUCUCACGGCCUGCCUCACAGAGGACUCAGGGUCUUCUGCGUAGCGGUAGAGAGCCGAUGGCACGUGGUGGGUCUCCUUAGGGACUUCACGGUCCUUGUCCUUGCCGUCAGCGUCACACUCGUCCAGCUCCUGCUCGUCAAUGUCGUCAUCGGCCGACUCGUCAGACCCGCUGUAGGUCGAAUCCACGGCAGCCGCCCGAGGCGAGCCGGGCCCGGCAGUCGCCUUGCCUAUCGUCCGGGCGUCCCGGGUCGCCGCCGCCUUGCCGCUGCGCAUGGCAAUCAGCUGCCAGCCGUGCUUUCGCCGGUCUGCUGCCCGGGCUAGCUCGGCCGCCGUCAGCAGAUACCCACUGGGAACGAACGGAAUAUAUAAAAGACAGCAGAGAGUGACCACAGGAUAAUGUACAUGCCAGCAUGCAGUAAGUCAUCACACACCACCGGCUCAGCCAGUGGCUGGUGCAGUCUAAGCUUAGCUCUUACGGGUCGCAGAGUGAUGCCCUGAGGUAGAUGACGACGGUGAGGAGGAUGACCGCCCAGAGGAGGAUGUUAUACAAGGUGGGGUGCUGUAUCACCCAGAGGUGGGUGGCGUGGAGGACCACGUCAGUCAGGAUGAGGGCGCGGAGACCCAGCACCAGCAGCGGGCUGUAGUUGACGUCCUUUGUGCAGGGCUCUGGCCCGUCCAUAAGCUGACUGAUCUCGACGCACUUCCUCAGAGUGGCCUUCAGCACCCGUCAGCAAAGAAAUCAACAAAAAUAAGAGCAGGCGCAGAGCACAGCCGCUUCAGGCUGCCGUCGAUGCUGCCAUUGACGAUGAUUGAGAGCCAAUUGUUGAGAGCUUAGAAAAAGCCCUUGAUCAACUUUGCCAAAGAGAAGGUCUUCAACUUUGAUUCACCGCCAUGGCGCCGUCAGCAAG